AUGUUAUUCUCGGUGGCUUCAUCUCCAAUCGAAGCUAGCUUUAACAUCGAGGCAAUUUUGGAGUCACAAGAAGCCGAUAUAUGUUUCUACAUCAUUGCUACAGUUCCUUUGAUUAUCGGUUCUCUAGAGCUUUUCCAGAUCGAGCAAACUUCAUAUGCCCUUAUUUAUCUGGUUUUGUUAGUUCCUGCAACAUUUACAAAGGUUAUAGCUGUUGCACACAGUGGGAAACAUAGUGAGAAAAAAGAGAGUUUUGGUGAUAUGUUAAUAAUUGACCCUUCGGGCAGUAUUUGGUCGUUUACCAUUGGCACAAGCGAUGAAGAGAAUCGAUUGGCUUCAUCGCCACCGCCACCUUUACUCGGUUCAAGCAAAACAUAUCACUGGAAUGGAAUUGGCAGAGGCGAAUAA